AUGGCAGAAGUCGUGCAGAUGUUUUUGUUCCUAUAUAAAUCGAAGUAUCGUCGAAAAGGGCAGUGCCGUGAGGUGGUACGAGAUCAGUGCGGUGUAAUUGCGGUGCCGUGGCCAAUACUGUGGGCGGCGCUGAUUUGUUGGGUGGUGCACGUAACCGCGGCCGCCUCCUCCUCCUCAUCGUCGCUGACGACGGAUACGACCUGCGACACGGACAGUUGCGUCAACGGAGACUGUGUCAAUGGCACUUGCGUAUGCCACGAGGGUUGGCAGGGUUCGGCGUGUCAAUUUUGCGGCGGAAAAGUCAAAUUGACGGAGCCGACAGGAAACAUCCACGACGGUAUCGGGAAUUACACGGCGGACGUAAAGUGUUCUUGGCUAAUCGAGAGCAGUCCAAACUCCACUAUACGGAUGCACGUGGAGCAAUUCGCAACGGAAUGCGGUUGGGAUCAUAUGUACAUUUACGACGGUGACAGUGUCGAAGCGCCGUUGCUCGCCGUCUUCUCUGGAUUGAUGCACAAAGAUGGCUACCACAUACGUCGCGUUCCGGAAGUGAUCGCCCGUUCCGGAAGCGCGCUCCUUCACUUCUACUCGGAUGUCGCUUAUAACAUGAGCGGUUUCAAUAUUAGCUAUAAGAUCAAUGCCUGUCCCAGCAGGUAUUCGCACAUCGACUGUUCUGGACACGGGGUUUGCAUUGAUGGUGUGUGUACAUGUGAUGCCACGUGGACCGGUGAAGCCUGUGAGAUUCAAGUUUGCCCGAACAACUGUUCCCAUAAUCAUGGACAGGGCGAAUGUAAUCGAGAGAGUCAUCAUUGUGAUUGUGUGCAUGGUUUCAAGGGCUCUGAUUGCAGCCAAAGAAGCGAUCGUGGAUUCUGGGAGAGCGUAUUCUAUACUGACUUCUCACCUGAAGGCUCGGCUAGUCAUUGCUCUAUCGUUUGGAAAGAUUCUUUAUAUAUAGUUGGUGGUGAAAGCUUUCAUCGCGCCAAAAUGAUUUAUGUGUACGAUUUCAAUGGAAAUGUUUGGGAGACCCCUCACGUCGAAGGCAAGGUUCCUCAACCUCGAUACGCUCACUCGUGUAUACUUUUCGGUGACAAAAUAUUCAUGUAUGGCGGUGUAUUGCCUAAUUCUACGGUAACCAAUGAAAUCUGGGCAUUUGACGUAUCUGCGAAAGUCUGGGAGAAUGUAACCGUACACGACAACAGUAACAAAACUAUGCGUGGUCCUCUAAAGGUAGCCGGACAUUCUGCAACCCUGGUACAAAGCCAUGGAAGAAAAGAAAAAAUGGUGGUAAUAUUCGGAUACUCGCCUCAAUAUGGUUACUUGAACGAGAUCCAAGAAUAUCAUUUAGGCACACGCGAAUGGCAAAUCGUAGACACAAUUGGAUUCCCUGUAAAAGGUGGUUACGGGCAUAGCUCUGCUUAUGAUGCAUUGACAAAUCUCAUUUAUGUGUAUGGAGGAUACGUAUCAGAAUCGCAGACCACACAGGUCUUAACUAGUCGAUUGUACUCCUAUGAUCCAAAUUUUCGUCAAUGGACAUUGCUUACGGCUGCCCCAUCAGCUCGUUUCUUUCACACAGCUGUGUUCAUUUCUGGUGGUUUGAUGAUCGUCUUUGGCGGUAAUAUGCAUAACGAUACGCAACAUUCGGAUGGAACGAGAUGUUAUUCGGCGGAUACGAUCGCAUAUGAUGUCACUUGUGAUUCCUGGCAUCAAUUUCCUAUGCCCAAAGAGAUGACCGACCUGCCCAGGUAUGGACACAGUGCGACUGUGUUUGAGAAGUCAAUGUACAUCUAUGGGGGAUUCGAUGGACAAAUGUUGUCUGAUAUGACAAGGUACACUCCAGGAAAUUGUGAGCACUUGACAAAUCAGAAUCAUUGUUUAAAUGCAAGGACAGGCGUGAAGUGUGUGUGGGACAAAAGAGAAAACCGAUGUAUACAGAUCACGAAGAUACCUCGACAUGUGCUUCUUAACGAUGACAUGCAUGACGGAAUUUAUAUGAGAUGUCUGGAUGACACUCCGCCUCGCGGGAUGACAUCUCAUAAGGAAUUAUGCAAGCUGCUUACGGAUUGUGUGGCUUGCGUACAAACAUCAUAUAAUUGCAUAUGGUGUGGUAAGAGUUGCUCGCACGAGAUUUGCCGAGACAACGCUAAUGCACCUCCGACCAAGGCUAUCAGCGAUCUAGAACAAUGUGAUGCUCACACAGCCAUUAAAUGUUUGCAGUUGCAUACGUGCCAUGCGUGUUCUAGUAAUCCACACUGCAUCUGGUCUUGGUCAAAUGGACCUGAUCGGUGUAAGCCGUAUUCGAAAGCUCGAGAACAAGUGACCAUUUUAAACGGAACUAUUCAAGCACAAAGAUUGUCCAUAGAUUCUUGUCGCAGUCCAUGCGUGGACUAUACUUCCUGUAAAAAUUGCACAGAAUCAGAUUGUAUUUGGUGUCAAAAUGAGAAAAGAUGUGUGGACAAAAAUGCAUAUCCUGCAAGCUUCCCUUAUGGACAAUGUCGUGAAUGGACAACGGUUGAUUCAAAAUGUCAUCCCACGGAAACGGGAAAGGAAUGGUGCACGUUUUAUUCAUCUUGUGCAGCGUGUCGGUCUGAUCCUGGAUGCGGAUGGUGUGAUGACGGUUCUGGGACAGGAAAAGGAUUGUGUUUGCCAGGUGGAGCUCGUGGUCCAAGUACUAAAAGCUUGGACACUUGCUCAAUCGAACGAUGGUAUUUUACAAAAUGUCCUACUUGUCAAUGCAAUGGUCAUAGCAAGUGUCUUUCAAAUAGCAGCAUAUGUAUUCAACCAUGUGGAAAUUUAACUUAUGGACCUCACUGCGAUAAAUGUAUUCCUGGUUACUAUGGAAAUCCAUUAAAUGGAGCCACUUGUCAACCAUGUUUUUGUAAUAAUCAAGGCACGCAAUGCACCAGUGAAACGGGUAAAUGUUUCUGUACAACGAAAGGCAUUAUUGGAGAUCAUUGUGAACGAUGUGACGUGUCUAGCCUUUAUCAUGGAGAUCCUACUAAUAAAGGAUCUUGUUUUUACGAUUUGGCUAUUGAUUAUCAAUUUACAUUCAAUUUAAGUAAAAAAGAGGACCGUCAAUACAGAGCGAUUAAUUUCAAGAAUUCUCCGCCAAAACCCGAUAUUGAUGCAGAGUUUUCCAUUACGUGUUCCGUUCUGGCUAAAAUGAACAUUACGGUGAAAAGAGGAAAUACACCGGAAAUGCCAGUCAUUCUUGGUGCAAAUUGCACGACCAGCAUGUAUAAACAUCGUUUUAUUAAAGAUGGUUAUGGUUUCGGUAGUGAGAACAAUAAUACACUGACUACAUUCUAUGUAUAUGUGUACGAUUUCCAACCGCCGGUGUGGAUUCAAAUUUCUUUUUCACAAUAUUCCAAACUCAACUUGCAGCAAUUCUUUAUAACAUUUUGCACAGAUUACAUGCCUAGGUGCUUCCUUGCUCUACUGUUGGUGGCUGCUGUUCUUUGGAAAAUUAAGCAAAAAUAUGAUAUGUACAGAAGAAGGCAGAGAUUAUUUGUAGAAAUGGAACAAAUGGCCAGUAGAGCGUUUAGCCAAGUUUUGGUAGAAAUCGAGAGGCGGGACAUCGAUAAUUCUGACUCGGAGCGAAGUGAGUCCGAAUUAGUAAAUUGCCGCAAAAAGAAAAAGGAUGCCCCUAGUCCGAUCGCAUUGGAGCCCUGUUGUGGUAACAGAGCAGCGGUCCUGUCGUUGCUAGUCAGACUGCCUACUGGUGGUGAACCGUACACUCCGGCUGGUCAGAGCGCCGGUUUAGCCGUAGCGUCUGCGUUAGUUACACUGGGUAGCCCGCGGAGGCCAUCUCAGGAAUUGACGACGAAAGAGCCGACAAAAACACGAAAGUCUGCCAGCCAACAUCCAGAUUCCACUUGCAUUUAGCGAUAAGGGCGUGAAAGUAGAGACACCUUAAACAUAAACUACGCCGUGGGUGACUAUGAGCCUUAGAUAUAUUUCUGUGAUCUUGCCUUAGCGAAUAGGCAGGACUGUUCAACAGUUAAACUCUUCGAACUCUGAUCGAGUGAAGUGUGUAAUACAUUAUUAUUACUAAUUUUUUUUUUUUCGUUUUCGUUUUCGUUCGUUCCGUGAUAAAUAUUCGUUUCGUUUCGUAAAAUCAAUCGGUGAAACUACAAUAACAAAUUCGACUUCCCGAAGAACAUAUUUCCGAGGAGAAUUGCAUCCCGUCAUACUCAAAGGGUCAGCUAAAUGAUUUGAAUGUACAUAUUGGAUUUUCGAUGCGAAAUGGGGAUCAGCCAUUUUUCUUUCAACCAAUUUUUGGUAAGUAAAUUAGUACAUGAAUUAUUCGCGUUGCGAUAAUACGCUUGGCUGACUUGAGAUUUUUUUAUCAUUUUAUUUCUUUCGUUUCUACGUGACAAUGUACAGUGUUGUAUAUAGAUCUGUUAUGCGAUUUAUUUCUUUCGUUUAGUCAUUGCGAUCGAACGGAAUCGAGUUCGUUCCGCAAUUAUCGAAGUGUCUUCGAAAAGGGCUAUAAAAAAAACCGAAUGUUGUUCUUUAUUCGAAAAAUGAAUUUCGCGCGUAAUAAAGUCGAUACGUGCUGCUCUCUGUACGAAUUUCAACGAAUUCGGUCGAGAGGUCGCUGAAAAUUGGUGGAUGAUUGAAAAACGAAAUAUUGGAAAAUUCGAUUUACCAGAUGCAGUUCGAACUUAAUUUUCGUUCUUCGUUUUGUAAACUUGUGUAAAUACAUGUAUGGUUGUAUAUCCGAAAUGAAAAUUACGAUACAGACGAACUGUACAGAUAUAAAUUCGAUUUGAAAGAGAAAGAAAGGUAGCAGAGUGAGGAAUAUAUAAUUUUUUUGUGUAUUCAUAUCUAAUAAGCGGUAAAGAUUUAAUUCUAAAUUAAAGGAAAUGAAUAGGGGUGAAUUGUUGAUAUUUUAAAUGUUGCAUCUUUGUAUAAUCUUCGUAUUCUAUAUAUCUAUUGUGCCAAAGCAUUUUUUGAUAUUGGUAUCAUCAUUAAAGAAAAAAAAUAUCAAAAUAUCAUUGGUGUAGAUACGAAUUUUUAUUCAAUUCAAUCAAUUUUGAAAAAAUUAUUAAAAAACGAUAAAAUAUGAAAGUCAAUUUCUUUCACUUGUCUCUAUUCAUUUCCAUAGAGAAGAGGGUUCGCUAUACGAUCGAAAUAUAUGAAUCAAAGAAAUGAGUUAUUCUCAUUUGAAGAUUUUUUUAAAUACGACAUAAUAAUUUCUAUCGUGUAGCGUUCCAUGUAAUUUUAAUGUAUAACGAACUUAGAAAGAAAAAGAAAACAAAAAAAAACCAAAAAAAAGGAUGUGGACGUUGCAAUAAACUGAAAGAAUCGCGGUAAUUCUUCGGUCGACGAUACGGUUUUCGUUUUGCUACAAAGAUGGCGGUGCUGGUUGUUUCAUGUACCAAGCCUAACCUCAAAAUCUCUAAACGGGCAAGUGAAAAGACAAACGAACGUAUAUGUUAUGUGGCUGUGGUUUAUUUUUUCAUUUAUAUUGUUGUUCAUUUAUAUUACAAAUAUAUAUAAAUUUCUUAUAUUUUUGCGUGGCCAAUAAAAGAUAGCUGCUUCCGUUCUGAAAUUUAGAAUGAUCUCACGUUCUUACUUCCUGUUCUGAAUAUGGAGGCAGCUCUUACUAUCACGUGUUCCAUAAAACAAAUGAAAAAUAGAAAAAAAGGAGAAACCGUUUUAUAUCGUAGCAAAACAGUUUCUUAGAACUUAAAAAACCUCCAGCACUUGCAUAGCAUACGGACAGAAUAUUCGCGUAUAAGUGUCGUCUAAUUUUAAUUCUUGUAAAAAUCGAAUUUUUUUAAUGUGUAUUUUACCAUAAUGUUCAAAAUUGGAGGGCCGACUGCUUAUUAAUCCACUACUGAGAUAAGAAAUAAGAGAAAAAUGCUGAUUAUAAUAUUUUAUAUUUAAUUAUCUGUUAUAGAAUAUUUUAUCCAAUUUUUUUGUUACCUAUUACAAUUAGCUUCCAAUGCUCAAGUUUAUUCUGUAUGAGUAGAUGAUCCUCCAAUCCUGCGCAUGGUAUAAGACUCGAGUACAUUAAGAGUAUCGUUUUAGCUUAAGUUUUCAGUCACAAAGGAUGAAAGUGAUAUAGAUUUUUUUUUUAAAUCAUUGUAUAGCACGGAUCAAGUGCAAUGUAUUUCGUUUUACCAUAUAUAAUACUCAUCAAUGUUCUUUCAUUCUCUCUACUGUACUCGGAGUCUCUUUUUGUGAGGGUGCAACCAGAUGCUAGUCAAUGUGGUUGUACGUGAUUUAAAUUGACAAAGUUACCCACCAUUCUUCAGAGUCACUUCUAUCACUUUGUUAAGAGAAAAAGAACUAUUUAUUCUUAUUCUUUGAUUAUGCUCUGGUUGCAUUCACUUAGAGCAUAGUGUAUAUUUUAUAUUAUUAUCGUAAAGAUAAUUUAAUUUUUUUUAUACAACUGUUUUAUUUUUGUUUGUUUUUUUUUAAAUGAAAUAAUAGGAGCGCGUAUCCUCUCCUCCAGUUCUUGUUUUGAAAUCAAACUUUUUAUUAUUUUUUUGUGUAAAAAUUUAUAAUUGUAUAUAUACAAGUAUAAAUAAUGUUACGUUAUAUUUAAAGAAAAUAGGAUUAUAUUCGAUAUAUUGCUCAACUUUUGAGUAGAUUUCUUCUUAAAUCGCGCUUAAUAAUUUUUAUUUUAUCGACUUUUUUCUUUCGUAUCUAAAUCUAUAUUUAGAUUUUGUGUUCAUUCGAAGGAAAAGGUAUUUAAAAUAU